CAAGAAACUACAAGAACUUCUUCCCAAAGUCAAUUCUUGAUAAUUUCUCUCUUUUUAUUACAAAAUAAUGACGUGACAUUGAAAAGCUUUAAUUUGAAGAGCUUCCAACUUGUCUAUUUGUCAUUUAUCUGGGGGAUAAAUCACAGACCGGAGCUUAAAUACUGUCCAAAUCUUGGCUGUCGAAAUAUUUGCUGUGGCGUGUUUGAAUAAGCCGAUGUUUUGACUUCGUAAACUUCAACACUAUUAAAGACAAAAUUAUUCUUCUGAAUCUGUUAAGAUACAAGAAUGGUUGAUAUUCUAUAAUGGAGGCACAAAAGGAAGACGUUUUGAAUCCAGAAGAGACUGAAGUGGCUUCAAAGUCUACUGAAGAAGUGCCGCGUGCAAUUAAUACAGCGCGCGCUGCUCCCAAGAAGAAAGGCAAAAAAGCCAAAAAGAAAGUAUCUAAGGACGUAGCUCCUUCUGAGGCUGAAGAGAUAUUUAAACCAAGCAAAAUCUCAAAGAAAAAGAAAGCUGAAUUGCCGGAUAAUAGUCCCCCCACGGCGGAGCUUGUUGCUGUACGAGAAGGUAGCUCAACUCGAAUCUCUGACGAGAAAACCCAAGAUAAUGUUCUAGAAGAAAAAGAUGAAAAUAUUGAUAACAAGCUCAUACAGGAAUCUGGUAAUACGAUAAAGAAUACAUCAGAGGAAAAUAAUAUUGAACUUGACGUGAUCAACACUGAUCAGAAUGGCGACGAAAAGAAAGACUCCGAGAAAGAGUCAACUAGUGAUGAAGAAGUUAGAGUUGGUAGCGAGAAAGACGGAAAAGAUAGGGACAAAAACGGAGAAAAGGAAGAAAUACGAAGACGACCGACUCUUUCUGAAUUAAAAGAUGGAAGUGUUGAUGGAGAGAGCUCCCAUCUCACAGAGGGCCUGGAUACAGUGAAAGAGAUCACUACAGAUGACAAAUAUGUCAAAGAUGAAACUUUGAAAACAGAGUCAGCAGUUGAAGUUGAAAAGACAGAAGUUGUGAUCGAAGUGGAACGCAAAAUAUCCAAAGAUAGUUUAACAUCAGUAAAAGUCAUCCCCAAGGACAAAACCGAUGAUGUUGCUGUGGCUUUACCAGAAGAACCAGAAGAGUCUGAGGACAAGGCACUUCAAGUAAAAGUUGAAGGCAAAGACAAGCAAGAAACACAAGAAUUGCUUAAUACUUCAGCUGUUGUUGAAGUUCAGUCUGAAUCUAAUGAAGAAAAAGACGCAGAAACAACAGAGCAACAAGAGAAGCCAACAGAAGAAAUGAACCAGGACAUCUCUGUUGCUCUUGAAGUUGAUCCAGAGAGUGAUAGUAAGGUUAAAGAAGAAAACAAGACUCAAGACCAGGUAGAUGAUGUAGAUGGAAAGACUAAGGCCUUCUUGGAGUAUGAGAUUGAUGACGAGCUGCCAUGGGCAAGGUACAGAUCACUUGAUGCACCACCAAACAGAGCUCCUAUUGAAGAAGAUGAUGAAUGGCCUCAAUCUGAAGAGGAAGAGGAUUAUGAACCUCCAAUCGAUGAAAAACUACCGGAUAUCGAUGAAGUUAUGGGGACACUAGAUGGCGGUGAAUCAGAACUUGAGACUUCAUCACCUCCUCCGCCUGUCAUUCAACCACAAGACAAGGAAACACAACAGAAAAAGAUUGAUGCUCUUAAACUUGGCUUGGCAGAGGAGAAGAUCAACUCUUAUCUCGAUGAUUUUGAAAAGCGAAUGGAGGAAGAGAUAUUAAUGAUUGGGCAGAUUUCAUUGGAGGAAGUCCAGGAAGAAGAGCGACGUCUUCGUGAUGAACACAUCUCUUACCAGCAACAAGAAGCAAAGCUUCAAAGAGAAAGAAUCCAAGAUAUCAUGGCCAGAGAAGAAAGAGCUAAAAAAUAUGUGAUGGGAAAGCUGAAGGAAAAGCGCAAAGCCAUAUUAAGAAGAGAGGAACAUUUGAUGCAACAAGACAGACUGAUACAAAACAGAAUCCAUAGAGCAUUCAGAAGAGCAGAGAAUCAAUUGUUGAAAGCUCUGAAAGCAAGGAAAGGAGAAGUAAAGACAAUGUAUGGUGACCUGAUUCUUGCCGAUGGCCAAUAUGGUGGAAGCAAGGGUAGAAGAUGGAAAGUAGACUGGAACAGAACGCCGCAGCCAAUCCAAAUCAAGAUGAAGUGCCUUAGAGGAGUCAAAGACAAGCUGCCUUCUGGGCGUUAUGUUCUAAUGGUGUCGCUAUAUGAUCGUAUUGGUGGUCAUGUGUUGAAGUGGUCAAACCUCAAAGGACAGCAGUGGGGCGGAGCAACCCUUCCUUUACACCAUGAUGGGGAAUUCUUUAACAUUGAAAUCAAGAUUGACCAGAGUGUGUUCACAGUGUGUCCAGCAAGACCAGAUGUCCGUCCAGGAAUGUCUUUGGUAUUUGAAUUGUUUAUACUCAGAGGAAGUGUUACAGCAACUGACAGAGUGGUAGGCUGGGGAUGCUUCCCAAUUUGUGAUGGAGAAUUCAACAUAGUGGAGGGAAAAUACAAAGCUCCAUUUCUAAGAGGUGACAUGGACCCUAGUAUUGACAAACAUGAGAAGAUUGAAGAACUAAUGGCUGAAGACUUAGAAAACUGGUUAUGUAAUCUUUACUUUGAGGUGGUUAGGCUACCAAGGUACAUGGCUGGUCAAAAGGAAUAUGAAGUAGAAUUACAGUUCACAUCAGGAUUGGUGGGUUAUCCAUCACGUACUAACAUAGCUGAGGAAUUCAUUGAUGGAGAAGAACCAGUGUAUGGUUCUAAAAGUGAUCUUAAGUCACUCAACUCACCCACCAGUAGUAGACGACCAAGCAGGAUUAGUAUGUUAGGAGGAUCCAGUUUCUUGGGAAGCACUAUGGAUCUAAAAGGGGAAACCAAAGAUCAACUCCAGGGCUCAACGGUCGACCUUCAGGUCGAGGUCCCAGACUUCGCAGCCAUGCCAAAGAGAAAACUAUCCCUGGCGGUUCCAGAUGCCAGCACCUUACGGCGUUCAUCUAUUGUUUCACAACGCCGAAUGUCAGCGGUGUCUACCAGUCGGCGCAUGUCUCGACCUAUGACUGUUCAUAUGUCACGUAAAGCAGUCGAAGCAGACGUGUCCACUGAUGGGUCUGGGACCGACUACUCAGAUGACGAAGUUUUGAUGCUUAAGAAGGAUGACGGUUUCAAACCCGUUAAAGGUCAACCUGGCAUGUUUUACAAGAAACAUCACAAUAAUCCCGUCGAUGUCUACGCUAAGAAGAUGUUCACCAUGUUACCCAAGACGCCGCUGCUUACACGACGAAAAAAGAAGAAGAAGCUCACUCACACUGAGGAGCUAGAGCAACAUUCUUUCUCUGUACAGCAACAAUUCUCAAACAAAGGUCACAUAUACCAUCGGGGCCGAGAGAAGAUGCAAUAUGUGGGUCGUCAGUUAAUGGCAGAGCUUGGUCUAUCUCAGUGGAGGUCGAGGGAAUUCUGGGCCAUGAUGCUAAUGAUCGCAUUCACGUGGUUUCUUAGACUGUUCACCCAUUAUGGCGGACAAUGGUUGUAUCUGACUGCUCUGAGAAUACCCAUCAACAAAUUUGAGUUUCUACCAUACACCGUUAAUCUGAACUACCAGAACACGUUGCUUCAUACUGAGGAAUUGAUAGCCUUAGUGAUUCUAGGACCGUUCUCUAACAUCAUAAUACUCUGUUUAAUGGUGAUCUUUGCCUGGUCCAUACAGCGGUUGUUUGGUUUCUUUCCCAAUAUCUUCUCUCGAUUCAUUAUGGCGUUUGGUAUUAAUACCCUUCUGGAUCCUAUCUGGAUCGUGAUCGUGGAUUCCUCUUUGGCGAGAUAUUUAAACGUUGGCGGUGAUGUACCAAUAGGAGAUGCCUUCAAGCUUUACUGGCAUUUUGAUAAUUAUGAGAAGAACGGCGCUGUUGGUAUCGUCCUAACCAUCUUCCUCUACAUCGUCACCUUAUUCACAUCCUCAACCAUUCUCUACAUGUACUUCCUGCGUCUCCAUAACAACGGACGUUUGAUGGACGUCUAUCAUCGUCUCCAUGCCGACGAAGAUGAUUUCUUCAUUCCGUAUGACCUGGAAAUCUCCAACGAGGAAUUGAACUUCAUCGCCAAGAAGGCUGAGCAAUGGAGAGGGGAGGAAGGAGAGCGAAGGAAGACGGCUGUUUAUGAUUAUAUUUGGGAGGAAGAACAGGUCGAUGAAGCUGAAAUGUACGAUGCUAAACAUAACAAGACAGGUCAUCGUGAGAUCACAACCCACAUGUCAAUCCACACUCUUCACUUGGAUGGUCUAAGAGAACUCUACAGACACUUCCUUCGUUUACCUGAUGGUGCUAUUGUUGAGGUGUUUAAUGAGAUCAACCUGGCAGGCAUGGACGAGGGUAUCAAACAAGCUUUAAUCAAAGGAACCAGCUAUCAAGGCAUGGACAAUACACAGGCAUCCCGGGCCAGCCUACGAAACAGAUCUCCCUCAGUCGCUGGUAGCGAGGUGUCAUUUCGACGUCCCUCGGUUCUCUUAGAAGUUCCCAAGAAUGCGCGUUCACCUUCACCUGUGUAGACCUGGUAUCUAUCGUCACCAGACUACUUCAUUUUAUAGCCAAAAAACUGGGAACAAGUAAUUUUUGUAUUUAUGUAAAUAGUGAUAUCCAAAUUGAACACAGGAAGCCCAUUAUAGAUGAUAUGAAUAAGUAGCGAAGCCUGUUGAUCAGGCUGUAUAGUAUAUUUUGUAAAUCGUCAGAGUAGAUUUCAUUUGGAUGCGCAAAAACCAUGGUACCUGUAGUGCUGUAGCUAUGAACUUUUCUCUAUGGCGUCAAUACCGUGCGAAGUUCUGUGACUUUGUGCCAUAUAUGUGACAACUUGUCACAUCUUAAGGAGGGGCCAUAAAAAGGUAAAACCUCAAAAAAUCCACACCAGGAACAUAAACAAAACAAGAACACAUUAUGUAACUUCAAAUAAUUUCAUUCAAAAUAUUUUCAAUUUCUUUUUUGCCUUCAAAGCAGAGCUUGGGCUACCUGUGCUUGUACAUAUACAUAGUAUACGAUUCUGCUCGCAUUUUAUUAGUAAUUCCUUCGCAUAACGACGAACCCUUGUUAUGUGAACAACUCGGUCGAUGUAUAAGGAGGUUGUGUAUAUAUCCCAGCUCGGUCGAUGUAUAAGGAGGUUGCGUAUAUAUCCCAGAGAAUUGGGGCUUUUAACAGUAGAUAUUUGUACAUACACAGGCAUUUCUACCAAGGACACUUUUCUAUUUUUCAAUAUUUAUUUUUGUAUGUCAAACAUGAAAAAAUAAAAAAAUAAAAAACACUAUAGUCUA